AAUUUCGUGCAUAACAACGGUGCAACAUAACAACAAAGCCAUCAAUAGUUAUCAAUUUUUUCAGUUAACAUUUGUACAAAUUAAUUUGAUUGAAAAGCAAGAAAAAAUGUAUAAGCUAGACCUCCCGGUGGAUUAUAAGGAGGCGGCGGCUAUUGAACGUCGCCGGAACAUGGAAGAGCAAAGAAAAUCAAGGAUAUUUAAUGCAAAGUCGCGAACAAUUGGGGUUGAUAUGCAAGCACUUGAACAACAAAUAAAAGAUAAGAAACAACAGGAAGAAUAUGAAAGGAAAAGGGCUGAUGCCUUUGCUGCUGAUUCAGUCAGAAAUGAUAAAAUUUCUCAGUUACUGGAGAAAAGACAAUCAUCAGAUGUGUUUGAGUUGAACAGAGCUUUGAACGAGUUCAGAACACUUCAUCAGCAACCAGACAGCAGGCGAGAGUUUGAUCUCUAUGAUCCUGAUUACCUAAAGAAGGAUAAACCAGCUCGUGUUAGUGAUGAUGAUCCAAGAUGCGGAAUUUCAAGCAUACAAAAGUUUGAUGGUGAGGAUUUGAAUAGCAAGGCUAGAAGUAAAUAUCAACAGGAACAAUUACGAGAGUGGUCAAUAGAGCAACAAAGAGAGAGGGAACAAGCUAGAAAAAACCAGGCUCAGGCAGACAGAUUAUAUGAGUUGAAGAUGAAGGAGUUAGAUGCACGAGCAAUGGAGCUACAGAAAGCUGAAGAGGAAUGUCGUAGAAAUAUCAACAUGGCAACAACAGAUUAUAAUAAUGCUCUUGCUCGUGAAAGAAAUGAAAAAGAACGACUACAAAAACAACAAGAGUUAGAUGACAAUAUGACUGAGAUAGCCAACCAUGUGUUUGGAGAUGUGCUAACAGAGAACCCAGCUGUAGCACAGAGUGCAUUUGGACCUCACAGAGUGAUUACUGACAGAUGGAAGGGUAUGAGUCCCCAGCAGCUCGAGGAUAUACGUAGACAACAGGAUAAACAAAGACUUGAGAAAGAGAGACUUGCUCAGGAGCAACAUUUGCGAGACUUGGAGCAUGACAGACAGCGCGUUGCAAAUGCACGAGCUGCCAUGUUGCUCGAGCGUGAAGCUGAACGCAAAAGAGAAGAACUCAACAGACGUAUGGCUGAUGAAAACCGACGAUUGGCUCAAGAACAAACCUCUCAUAAAGACUUCUUGGAUAAAGAAGUUUACACAAACCCUCCCACUGCUUCUUACUUUAUGCAAUUCAACACUUCAACCAGAUAAAUAUAGUUUUCCAAAAAUAGACAAUAUCCAUCCAUUUGUUAUAUUUCUCUUUGAAAUUUUUGGUUAAAUAUAUAUAUAUAUUGAAACAAAUAUAAGUUAAUAUGUGUUCUAAUAUUAAAGUGUUUAUUUGAACCAUGUACACAUAAAAUAGUAAAUCAUGUUGAUUUUCGAAAUAAAAAGACAAUUAAAUUGAAACUGUUUUAGCAAACUGCCACUCAUUUUAGAUAUAUAGUUAUACUUGGUUUUAAACAUCAAUUUUACUGUACAGUAUUUAUAUAUAUGGUAGGUUUUUUUAAUGAAGCAGACUUGAUGUUUUAACAUUGACAAGUAUUAUUUAUUAGAAAAACUGAUCAUUUUGAAUGUGUGCAAAGAGGGAUAUUUCUUGUUGCUAGUUAUGCCGUAUGAGAUGGAAUAUAAUCAACACUAAAGUUGAAUGAAACGUAAAAAAAUUGUUAAAAAUACAACACAUUGUUUAAAAAUAAGAUGUCUUUCCAAAGACCAUAUACACAUAUUGAGUUGUUGACUUACAUACUGUACCUUAUCACGGAUUUAAUAUAAAUCCGUGCUUAUAUGAAAUAUUGUGAAUGAAUAUGUUUUCUUAAAGGAGUAUCUUCUUAAGUGUGUUUUUAUGAAUAUUUAAGAUAUUUACACAAAACACUCUUCUAAACUUGGAUAUCCCAGCUGUAUAUACAGGAUAUAUUUUACAUAAAAUGAUUUCCUAGCAUAUUAAUGUAUGUCAUCUAUUGUAUACUCUGUUAUCUGUGAUAAAAGUUCUCUAAACGAGACAACUUUCUGUUGAAUAUACUUGUUAUGAAGUGUCUGUGUUGUAUGGAAAAGUUAAAUGAAUAAACAUAUUUGCAGUACUAACUGGA